CCCCUUGGUUACGACGCGGCGCGUCACGUUACCAUGCUGGUGUGAGUUGGAACAACAACCAUGUGCGUGUAGAGUUUCUGGAGUAAAUCAAUAAUGGCCUGCCCGGAUUAUCUACCGCAAUUACCCCAGCGAAGUUACAGUUCCAACGACCUUCACGACUAUGGAGAGAAUUAUUGGAAAUAUUCUAUCUAUGGACACGGAAGGCUGGGGCCAGGCGGUCCCAUGCUGUUUACAGGUCCAGACGGCCUUUGGGAUCACAGGGUCCGCGUGCAGGACGAGUACCGCUACGUGGGGGAGGGCACCAUGUCCCCCCUAGGAACCAGCGAGGCAGCGUACCUGUGGCGGGCCCCCAGGGACUCCCCCCACCCCAAGCCUAAGUCUGCCCGUGUGGGAGAAGUUGGUUGGGGUGUGCCCAUGUUUACGGACUGGGGGGUGCCCCAGUCAGGCAGGCAAAUACAGUUGGGUGAAUUCCGUCAGUGGUGCGAAGACAGGCAUACACACUUAUUCCAAAACCCAUGGUACCCUGGUCCAAACGAUCCCAUAGAUCAGGACCCGGAUGAUGUGAUGGUUAUGAACGUGUACAGAUCACCUACCAGAACGCGGUCAUCAGCCUCGAUACGGAGGACGCGGAGACCCAUGGUGCCAGCAGCCACGCCUUUAUAUUCUAGUGGAUAUGGUAGUCAGAUGCAUUCGGGUCGCUCUCGGCCUCUUAGACUGUCUCAGUCGUCGGAACGGUCCACUGAAAAGGACGGUUAUUCUGAACAGUCGGAGAGCAACUAUGGUCGGGUGGACUCGGGCAGACCAGACACUAGCGCAGACAGGCCUUUGGGCAGAUCUCACAGUAGAGGUGAAUUAGAGCAGGAAGACUCGUCAUAUUCCAGACCCUCUAGCAGCCAGCGAGGCAGCCAUAGUCGCACAAGUUCUGCAGGCAGAAAAGGCGCGAGGUCUUCACUACCAGACUAUUAGGAACUCUGUCUUCAAAAAAAGUAAUGUAAGAAGAAUUGCUACAAAAGAAGAGCACAAAACGAUUAUGCAGGGAUCCUGAGAGAAUAACAGAUGUUGAAACAGGAAAGAAAUUGACUUGCUCAAUCCCACCGCUUCAUGCCAGCUAAGGCAUUUCUUUAAAAAUUGCUCAAAGCACAGUCUUUUGCAUUGUUGAGCCUAAUCAAAAUUAGUUUGAGAUACAAAUGAUUGUAAUUAAUAGCACAUUCCCGAUUUCAGAUUGCACACUGUGAUUUUAAAUAUUUUUUAUAUAACUGCCAGUGUAGUGGAUAACAAUUGGGUCUUUUUAUUGAAAGAAACGACUUGGCAUUGUGUGUGUGUGUGUGUGUGUGCACGGACGUGUAGGUUUAUUUACAUGAAUGUGUGUGUAUGUGUGUUUGUCUGCAUGAACGUGUGUGUGAAAGAGUAGGCCUAUUAGGGGAAACCAUGUGAAGAAAGUUCUAGUUUGGAUGUACAAUGCAUGCCUAACAUGUUAACAUGCUCACUAUUAAAAUUUUACACCAAAAAUUUAAGAGUCAACAUAAAUCUGAAGCUCAAAAAUUUACAAAGAAGUGAGUCAGUUUCAUUUUGUCUAAAAAACUUUUUUGCUCAAGAAUAUAUGGUCUUUUGAGAAACGACCAAAAAAGAAAUUAUCAAAACUAAACAGUUUUUCAAAGAUCUCAUUUUUUAACAGCAGCAUCUUUUAGCAAUGGGAAUAAUUAUAUGUCAUAGCUUUAUCAUGUGGAAUUUAUGUUUGAAUCUUAUAUUACACAAGUCAAAUGAAGAAUUCUGGUCAUUUCACUUAUUUAAAUGUCACUUGUUAAAUCUCACAUGAUUUAAAGUCUUCCAUAAAGUGUUUUACACAAAGAUUUAAGACAAAGUAGCAUGUUUUCAAUAUGGAAAUGGCUCCAGCACAUGAAUACUGUAGAUUGAGAAUGUAGUACUUAGAGGGUCAGAAUAACACAAAAUGUAGCUUAAGAAAAGAAAUAGAACUUUCAGCAAUUCCUUGACCAUUUGUCUCAUGAUAUAUACUGGUAGCUUUGUUUUGCUCAAUACUUUUUUAUAUUUAACUGCAGUAUAUCUCUUUGGUUUGAAAAUCUGUGUUAUCAUAUAUUCUCUGAUAUUGCUGUAAUAAAACUGAAUA